CCCGAGUUCUAGAUUACCAUAUACAAAGGAAUAUCCACGCAGGCACGAGCGUCCACACGAAUAGCAGACACACAAUAUCGUCUCCUCGCCUACCAAUAUGCUAGAGGUUGAAGAGAAUGACAUGGGCAGUGGAUCAGAGUCCGGGAACGGGGACCGUAGCACAGACGCUGGGACUAUGAACAGUGAUACAGACGUUAAGAUUAUGGACGGUGAAGCAGAACGAGACAGUGCUGGUGAAUCAGAAUGGGAUAGUGAAUGGGGCAGUGAUGAUAUUGAUGACAGUGAUGAUGACUCAAUAGAGCUCCCUGACAUUCCGCUACUAAAGGAAGCUCUUAGCAUUGUAUAUCAAGUAAUAGAUGGAGAAGUGGACCCUGAUACUGGAGCCCAGCGCAUUGACGCGCCCGUCCGCUCUGUCCUCACCUCUCCCAUGGACGAGCGACGGAAAUCGGACGAGAUUUGCGAUUUUUCCUGGCUGUUCUGGGAUCCGGUACUCGAUGCUGCUCGUGGGAUUCGGAAUGAUGAUGAAGGGCGGGCUCAAGCUCGCCGGGAGUAUGACAAUGAAGGGCUGAAUCACCUGGCCGACCUCAUGGCCGCACUCGCUCAUUUUCCGCCGGUGGUCAUAGAGCUUGGGGGCGAGGGUGGCGUCUGGUCCAUGGCUACCUGUCUGGGAUUCCAGCCCGACCACCUGCUGCACAUUGCUUCAUGGGCACAGGAUCCCCGGUGCCCCAGCGAGAGGCCCAUGGACUACUACUGCGAAAAGGACGACUUCAUCCCAGCCAUGAUGGGUGCGAUUUCCUUCCUAGCCAGAGUCAUGGGGCGGCGUAUUAUCAUCUCGCUAUCGUGCGCGAGUGGAUCAUCCAUGCUGGGGCCGAGCUAUACCGUCAGUUGCACCUUAGAUCCCCUUCUAGAGCCUGGUAAGCACUAUCUUGACUACCGCCCUGGUUAUCUUUACCGGAGCGAGUCAGAGGUCUGGUGUCAGGAACGCUGGGACUUCUGGAAAGAACGUAUUACGGACCUUGGAAAGUUCGCCUCCCAUAAUUAUCGAAUGGUUGCUACGACUCUGGUUGAACGAAUGAAUGAGAUUGAGGCGCAAGCGCAGCAUGAGUCAGAUCUCAACUCGGCCUCGUAG